AUGAGCUGUCAUAUAUGCGACUCUGCCCACUCCCGCCUCCCAUGCUUCUGUCCGACAUGCGCCCGCAAUCGCCUCUACCCUCUGCGCUUGGAAAUCACCCGAGCUCUUCUAGCGAAGGAAAUCCUAUCAAAACAGAUUGAAAGAGCUGUUGCCGAUGGAACUCCGGACAAGCAACACCCCGGGUCUGGAGAGCAGUCUUCGAGAUUGAACCGUCAAAGUACGAGUACGAGUACUUGGUCUCUCGAAACGAUCUCCAGCGAACAAACCGCCUCGAUAUCAAGGAGGGAUGACCUGUCCCGAAAUAUUAAGGUCUUAAAAGAGGAGAUAAAUAUUAAAAACGCUGGCCUGGCGGAACUAAGAGCAAGUCUCUCUCGGAGACGCGCCGAUGCUGAAUCUGCCCAGUACCAGCUUGCGGAGCGGGAAACGGCGACUCUGACGGGCAUAGAGAAUGCAAUCAAAAGAGCUGAGCAUCUUUGGCAUUCUUUGCAUAGUAAGACGGCAGAGGCGCGGAUCUUCCUUUGUCGAGAAGCUGCGCAUCUCUAUGGCUUACGACAGAAAACGGCGAGAAAAGGCGACCCUCGUCAAUUAUACGUGCUAGGAGGCAUGUCUAUAGUGGAUUUAAGGGACAUGAAUGGCAAGUCUUACUUUAUGGGCGCAAGGACUGUGGACGCAAAUCAUACUGACAUCUUUCAAGGCGCCACACCGGCUCAAAUUUCUACAUCCUUCUCGAACGUUGCUCAGCUCCUUGUCCUGGUCUCACACUACCUUUCUCUCAGGCUACCAGCCGAGAUAACUCUGCCUCACCGAGACUAUCCGACCCCGACCAUAUACCCUCCUGCCUCCUCAUAUGAUUUGCGGGGAAUGACUGGGAAAAAUACUGCCCAUUCAUCGCCGUCGAGUCAAGCCGCCUCGAGAACGGGAGAUGCACGUACCCAGUCUCGCCCGCGGCCACUCUUCAUCGACAAGUCUCUCCAACGGCUAGCAAAAGAAGACCCUGGCACAUAUGCGCUCUUUAUUGAGGGAGCGACACUGUUAGCCUGGGAUGUGGCGUGGUUGUGCCGAACUCAAGGCAUCAACCUGACGUCCGACUCUUGGGAAGAAGUUUGCGACAUGGGCAAGAGCAUGUACCAGCUACUAGUUGCUCCACCAGCCCAGCCGUCUUCUUUGAUGAGAGCUUUUGCAAGUCGCGAUACACAGACUAAGAUCAAGUCCACCAAGGACUCCCCACAAACGACUAUCCAACGCAGGAAAUCAUUUCCCAUGCUUGGGCAUUACUCACACGGCACAGUGCACUCCUUUCUAGCUGCAUCCGAAGGAUCCGAGUAUAUGCGUACCUGGAAAUUACCAACGCCCACGAAGAUCGUGGAUAAACUUAAGGCCAAUCUACUUGGAGAAAUGGCCAGUGCGGAAUGGGAACUGCUAGAAGAAAAUGAAUGGGACGAUGGGCCUACAGAACCCGAUCAAUCGCCUUUCAUACAGAAUUCCAACAUUUCGAGUUCCCCUUCGGCCCCUAUUCAAUCAAAUGAGGGUGCAAACAAUGAACCAUCCAACCAGGGCGCCGAUGACAGCCGUCGCUCAAAAGGCAAUAGCGGCUGGAUGAAGCUCAACAAUCGAUAG